UAAAAGCCAUAUCUUCCUACCUGUUGUGACUAUUUCUUUAUGAUCCCAUGUGAGAAGUCCUUUAUUGGCGAAGCCAUCCAAGACUUACAUACUUACGUCGACGAUUCCUAAGUUGACCAGGAUCCCUAGGUUGACCAGAAUCCCUAUAAAAGCUUAUCCCCGUCCUCCCGGUAAAAGCGUAUCUCGAUCGCUCUCGAGCUCGUGAUCGACUUCCUUCAAGCGAACAAGGAAGGGAUGGAGUUUCCCUUCGGCACCAACCCCCGGGGCUUCCCUUUCGGCCACGGCCACCAGGACCUACCCCCGCGAUCACGUACUGCGACCGAGAAGCACAAUGUCGUCAGGAUCCCCAUCACCGGCCACGACGAGGAGGAGGCAGGGAAGAUGAAGCAGCAGCGGCAGAAGAAGCCGGCCACCGCAAGGCCGUCGAACUUGUUGAGGGCCGCCGCGGCCGUGAUGAUCCAGAGGCUCUGGCGGGGGUUCUUGGCGCGGAAGAGCGUUAGGGUUCUCUCGCGGAUCUCCGCAGAGGUGGGCGAGGUGGAGAGGACGAUCCGUGCGCGGGAGGGGGCGAUUCAGAGGGAUCCCAAGGAGCGGCAGAGGGCGGACGAGAUGCUUAUGGCGGUGCUCCUUCGUCUGGAUAAUGUGCGUUGGGCGAGGGAUUACCGGAAGAAGGUGAUCCGGCGGGUUAUCUCGUUGCAGGACUUGGUGGAUUCGAUCGCCGCUCGAACCCUAGAAGAGCCGGAGAUGGUCCAUGCGUUCGAUCUUCUAGAUACGACGGAGAUGAUGGAGAAGAUGAUCGCAGAGAACGAGAGAUUGGAGCGCUUGGUGGUCGCACUACGCGAGAGCAGUACCCAGCAUUGCGAGCUGAUGACAGGUCUGGUGGAUAGAGUUGAACACUUGGAACAGCAGAUGCAGAGGAUGGAGAUGGAGGAAAGCCAUGCCAAUUCCGCUCCUUCCGAGAUGCCAGAAGAAAGACAAUAAGUAAGAAGAAAUCAAAGCUAAACGACCAUUCUUUCAGGAGCUAACACAGAAGAUUGAUUGCUGUUGGAUGAGUCUGCUGAUGAAGAUGAUGCUAACAAUUUUAGGGAAUCAGAUAGGCUGACACUUUUGUUUGCUUUUGUCUUUCGCAAUCUUUUCUAUAUUAUCUUCCAGUGUUUUAGAUAUUAUGACUUAAUGUGAUAACUGAACACUAUCACCAGCAUUGCUGGUCAACUUCCAGUUUCUGUUUCAAUAUAUC